AUAAACAAGUUUCUGGCAGCAAUAGUUCCUUGGAUGAUUUCAGUAUUGUCAAGUCUAGCGGGAAUUUAGAAUAUAGUCAUUCCACAGAUGCAUCGACUGCAAAUUAUAAACAGGUUUCUGACAGAAACAGAUCCUUGGAUAUGUUCAUCAGUUUCAAGUCUAUCAGGAAUUUAGAAUAUGAAAGGGGUCAUUCCACAGAUGCACCGACUGCUAAUUAUAUCCAAGUUCCCGGUGAAAAUAGUUCUGUGGAAAAGUUCAGCAGUUGUUCCAGAGAUGCCUCUUUAAUUGCUUUCGAUAAAAGAAAGAAUCCAAUAUUCGAUGGAGAAUAUUUAUUGAACAAUAAGAGUAUUUGCUGCGGGCCUACACCCAUAACCGCCAUAGUUGUUGUACACACAGACCCGCAUCAUUUCGGUCGAAGGCAAAAUGUUCGAGAAACAUAUGGUUCUCGAGAAUUGUUUUUACCAACCGAGAUUCGUGUCAUAUUUCUUUUGGGACGAGUAAAAACUUUGGAAAUGCAGAAUAAGGUCCUAAGAGAAAAUUCACAAUAUGGUGACAUAAUUCAAGGAAAUUUUAUUGAUGCCUACCAUAAUCUAACAUUGAAAGCAGUUAUGGGGUUACACUGGGUUUCAAAUUUCUGUUCCAAAGUGAAAUAUGUCAUAAAAACUGAUGAUGAUGCUAUUUUUGAUAUGUGGAGGUUUUUAAAACAAUUUCACGCCAAAAAUCUGUAUGUGUCGAAAACAAUAUAUGGCAUUUCUAAAUCAAGGGAUAGAAUACUUCGUUCGGGCAAGUGGGGAAUUGAUAAAACGUUUUUCAAAGGUCAGAAGAUUUAUCCAUUCAAAUUUUGUAUCGGGUUUUUCCUUAUAUAUAGUAGUGACGUCAUUCCUGCCCUAUAUCGCGAGUCCUACGUUGUACCGUUUCUUUGGCUUGAUGAUGUGUACGUAACUGGGAUGUUGCGCACUGCUGCCAAUGGUAUCGAAAUCGUAGAUCGUGGAGGAAAUUUGUCAAUCGUUCCUGGCUCAAGUACUGGUUUCAAAUGCCUACAAGAACGGGGCGAUGAGUGUCCUUAUUUAGCUGUUGGAAGUAAUGAAAACAUUUUUCAUGUCAUGUGGGAAUUGAUUAUGAAACGAAAUCAUAAAUGA